GCCGGGUCUCGCUAGCGAUCGCAUUAGCAGCUGACUUCAGUCUGCCGCUCGCUUGGCUACAAGGCGGACGCACUUGCUCCACUCUGCUCUCCAGAACGCUCACUAACUGGAAACCCGUUCGCGACCGUCGCGCAUGUGCCGUGUGUUUCGUAAUUGCAAUCGCGCCGUGUCCCAGUUUCUUUGGCGUUCGCUUUUCAUUUCGUUGCGGUGGAAUCGUUUGUCUGUUGGUCAACAGCCGAAAUGCUUCAUUGAGUGGUGGCUCAAGCCCGAGUAAUCAAACCAAGCGGCCAAGUGAUGUGCAAUCGACUCGAUCCACCGCCAGGAUACAGUUUGGGUUUAAGACAACAACAGCAUGAGAUCGCAUGUGGCCGUUUACAGGGCGCCAGAAACAGCAGCACCACAACCACCACCACUUAACUAUGCUCCCCUGCGAUACCACCAGCAUCCUUUAAGCCAUUGGCCGGGAAGUCAGCAGCAACAAGCUCCUGCAUAUAGGCUGCAUCAUGGUCCGCCGUCUGUACCACAAUCUAAUUGGGCUGCUUCAUCGACUGUCCAGCCACCCCAGCCCGGUGGUUAUGGAGUGGUUAAUCAGCAGCGAAUCAAUGAAUGUGCCGGCAUACCUCUUAUCUCGAAUGCCUCAAGUCACUUGUCGCCGGCCCAGCGACAGAGAUUGCUGAGGAAAUCUGCCCCAAAAUCAUGUCCAACAUGGCCACCAGGUGGCGCUACAAUGUCCCAGCUGGCGGUACACGCCCAGGGCAUGCCGCUGCUGCAGCAGAAUGGCAAGCAGCAUAUUCAGCAACAGCAACAGCAGUCGCAGCAGCUGCAGCAUCACCAAACGCAUCAUCAUCACCAUCAUCCUGUGACGACUAACUGGAGUUCGUAUCAGCCAAUGAGCAAUCAGGCAGGUUUUAAGUUGGCGGAAAAAUCUCGAGCCCUUCGAUAUCAAAACUCAGCACCGCCAGUGCUUAGCAGCCAGGAGAAGCCGGUUAGCAAUGCUUCUAGCCAGGAUCAGGGCACUUCGCCUGCAGAUACCUGUCUGCCGAGGAUAAUUAAGCCGAGGAAGCGACGCAAAAAGGAUCGCAAGCCAGGGAAUUGUGUUCUGCUCAAAAUGGAGUCGGAAAUGCAGCCCAAGAUUACUAAUCCAGGUGAUGGUUAUCCUGCCGGAGGAGGGUCAUAUCACCUACCACCAGGAAUAUUGCAGCAUGAUCACACGCAUGGAGUGUGCUUCUGCCGCGAAUGCGACCCACUGCGUUCUUUGUGGGAUUACCCACUUCGGCGAUCACUUUCCGAUGCUUCUUCCAGCGAACAAGGAGGCGGAAGUAGGAAUUCCUCUUCCUCCACCUCAUCCACGCACUCGGACAGCUCCUGCGAUAGCUCUAUUUGCAGCCAAAGCCUGCCUAGCUCAUCGAUUUUGCAGGAGGAGACCACCGAGGAGUUUGCUCCGAUCACCGGCGACAGCAGUCGGGCGGAAAUAGUGGGUGUAAUCGGAUCCCAGCGGAGUCAUCCAAGUGCCGUGACCACACCCUCGCAAUGCCUGAGCGAUGAUUCCGGGUACGGAGAUAUCCUGAGUGGAAUCAAUAUAGCCAACGAUCUGUUUGGCAAUUGCUUUAGAGGUGGAAAACUGGGCAACGCCUCCUCCUCGAUUUCCGCCCAGGCAGAGACGCUGCUGAAUGAGAGUCUCAAUGAGAUAUCGCGCAAGCUGAUCGAGACCUGUAAUGCGGCAGAUCAUGCCGGAUCGGGAUCGGGAGCAACCAGCGACAGUGGCUUGGAUAGCGCUGGCAGCCACAACUGCGGAUCAGGCCUCGUCUUUAACUUUGAGCAUUUGAAUCUGACGGAUGCAACGCCCACUGCCUUGGAUUUUCUCGUGGAUUGCAACAACAAUAGCAGCAGCAGCAGCAGCAACAGCAACAGUUUGGGUUUGAUGUGGCGCGGGGGAAGGCAGACAAGUGGAGGUGGCAGCCACGAUGACAGCCAAGUGGCAGCUGCCAAACUGGGCCCAGACAGCCGGGCCACACCCACCAGGCUGAUACUGGGCACGGUGGGUAAACUGAAGCCAGCGUUUUCCACCAUCUCGUGACGACGCCAAUGGAAAACUAAUCAAAAUCAAAAAGGCAAGAAAAAUGAGAAACAAGAUAUCGCAUAGACCAGAAAGUGGCUCAUUUUGCGACGAUUUUGGUUGGGAAACGUGAGACGAUAUAACGAUGCGUGGGCGGUUUUCUGAUCGGGGAAAUGUAAAUCUCCUGAAAGUAUUUUUGAAUUUCUACCCAACCCAAGUUGCGCAACCUUAACGAACACAGAGUGAAGAAAGAAGAAAACCCAUUAAAUGGAUAUAACGCACAUGUGAGAUGAUCAUCACAUCAUCAUCAUCAUCCACAUCAACAUCAACGUGAUCGGAGCGAAAAACAAAAGGCCAACGAGUUGACCAAAUGGGCGCAGGCAGGCAGAUGGAUGGAAACGAACCCCGGCUAAAUGGAAACCGGGACUGGAAACCUUGUAUAUACCACAUACACACUACUGCGACUGGGGACGGCGACUAUGAAUCCGAAUCCGAAUCCGACUUCCACUUCAACUUUCACUUUCACUGCGGCGACUACGAUGACGGCGGGGGCUGUGGUAGUGGCGGCAGCGUUUUGUAUAUCUGUAUAUCUUAAGACAUUUUUCUUUUCCUUUUCUUUUUGCCAAGACCACAGAUAAUGAUGACGGAGCUGCGGGUGGGGGUUACGGGAAGGGUGCGACUCUUAUGCAGAUUUUGUGGCGCAAAAAGAAGAAGAAAUUGUAGAAAUCGUGUAGAGAUACGAUGUGAACCCCUAGAGAUACUUUAACUUAACUAUACCGUUAUCUGUAUCUUACCUUCUACCAUACAAUUAAUUGUUUGUUGUUAUUUGUGCAUUAACGUUAUCAUCAUCCCAUAGGGCCAAAAAUCGUACUCCCCAAGAUCUGGGAUUUAUCGAGGGUCGGAGUCGUCGGGUCUAUGAGUGUUAAUUUGUAUCUUUGAGCUUAAGCAACGUUCCUACAUGUUAGUUGUGGUUUAUCUUUAAAGUUUUUUUUGGGUUCUACUUAAUGUUAUCUAAUUAGUUGGUUUGGUUUUUUACUUAGUCCGUAAACGAAGCGCUACAACGUGAACUUUUAUAGUUGAUAAGUUAUCCUUAGAUUGGGGAACACAAACAGAUUGGAUCUCUAAUGGUUAAUAGCAAUGUUCUAUUGAAAGCUUAUAUCUCUGUUUAGGUAUCAUACAUACACGCAAUGAUUAUAAUUAUAUAUAUAUUAAUAACAAAAUGAGCACUCAUUCUUUCUAACUGAGAAUAUUCAUGAAUCUAAAGUGAGAGUUUCAUUUAGUUUAUUCAUAGGCAGGCGAUCGGUAUCAUAUCAUGUUAUAUUUUCAAAUUAAGAUUCACAUUUCCGACUUGUCUGCAAUUUGAGGCGCAUAGUACAGCCGAAAGAAGAUCUGGCGCACAAUUAAUUCCAACUGAGAUCGCCAAGCAUAAAGUCUAAAUCUGAAAAUCGAGAGCAGCCCUAGUUACCUGCUUAGCUGUUGUAGAAGAAGUAUAGUUGGCGAGUAAAAGUUUUCGCCUUUUUUUUUUAAUUAAAAGAAACUCACGAACGCGCAGCGCGCACAGAAAUUGCUUGAAGUUUUCCGCUCUGCUCUGCUGUGCUCUGUGACUCCGGCUUGGCUUGGCUCGACUUGGCUUGUUGUAUAUUAACUUGGCUCGAAUCGUGUUGACUGAGAGUCGUUGCAGUUGUCGUCUACAAGCAUCGCGCCGCUGGAAAAUGUCACAGAUUUUCCAUUGGCAGGUUCCGGCAGACAGUUUGUGGUGUUACCAUUCCCCAGUUAGAAAUUACCACUCGAAGCUAAUUUAUUUAAUUAAUAUUUUCACUAGUUCGUAUUGUUGUGCUCACCUCCCUCCCUCCCUCUUACUAUUGUAGUGUUUGUUUGUUCGUAAGCAUCGUUUUUGCACAAAUAACAAUCCUAUAGUUAACCCAUCAAUACAAUACAUUAUUUGUAACCCAUACACAUACACACACACACACCUUAUACAUUAUGACCAACUUAUUUAUUUUGAUUAAGCCCGAACGAGAACUCAAUAAAAAGUGUAAACAAAAAUGUCAAACAAAAAGAACU